CGAACUUUCCUGGAAACACGCCCCUGGCCGUUUUCCCGCUGCCUUUAGCGUGAACCGCGGGUGCGGCGCCUCGCGUGAAAACAGCAAAUUCCCUGUCACGCUUGCUGCGAACGCGGGGUGUUCCCGAAACUCGGCGGCUUCCCGUAAACCCCGCUCCUUCCUCUUCGGGGGGUGGGUCCGGCGCGGGUCCGCCGCCUCCUCCCCGGCCCCUCCCUCCCGUCUGUUUCAUUUUCCUGGGGCUCCGGGGCCCGGAGAAGCUGCAUCCAGGAGGAGCGCGUCCCGCAGCGGACCCGGGAGUGUCCCGAGAGCCAGUGACAAGGACCAGGGGCCCCUGAGGCUGCUGAAGUCCCGCCAGCCAUGCAGACCUGGCCCCUGGUGUUCCCCGGCCCCGUUUCCUGGCCCUUUGGGGCCCUCCUGCUCCUGGCUGCCUCCUUGAGUGCUCAGAAUGAAGGUUGGGACAGCCCCAUCUGCACAGAGGGGGUGGUCUCUGUGUCUCGGGGCGAGAACACUGUCAUGACCUGCAACAUAUCCAACGCCUUCUCCCAUGUCAUCAUCAAGCUGCGUGCCCAGGGGCAGGAGAGCACCAUCUUCAAUGAGGUGGCCCCAGGCUACUUCUCCCGGGAUGGCUGGCAGCUCCAAGUUCAGGGAGGCGUGGCCCAGCUGGUGAUCAAAGGCACCCGGGACUCCCACGCUGGGCUGUACACCUGGCACCUCGUGGGACGCCAGAGAAAUAACAGACAAGUCACACUGGAGGUUUCAGGUGCAGAACCCCAGUCCACCCCCGACGCUGGGUCCUGGCCUGUGCCUGUGGUGGUCACUGCUGUCUUCAUCCUCUUGGUUCUUACGGUCAUGUUCGCCUGGUACAGGUGCCGCUGUUCGCAGCAACGCCAGGAGGGACACAACCUGGAGUUUCCGAGCCAAGGGAACCUCUUGCUUAGGGCGCCGUGCGAAGUGGGUUCGACCUCCAGCAGGCUCAAAACCAAGAUGAAGGUCUUCUUCCUAGAACCCCUCCUCAGAGUGGGAGUACAGCAGGGCCUGAGCAGAGCCUCCCCUGGCCUGUGGACCCCAGACCCCAAGCCUACUCCGAGGCCGCCGGCACUGGUGGUCAAACCCUCAGCACUUGGAGCCCUGGAGCUGCUGUCCCCACAACCCUUGUUUCCAGAUGCCAUAGACCCAUAACCACCUAUAAGGCAGAGAGGACACCGGCGAGCCGGCCCUGAGUGCCAACCUUGGGUGGCAGGGCCUGGGUCUCUAGUCCCACCCGGAGGGCACAGACACUGGCUUGCUUGGGAGGGUCUGGGAGAGCUGGUGGCAGGCUGGGCCCCUGCGUCACCCACUCCAGGGCGGGUGCAGACCCUUCCCCUCCACCCCCCUGGUCUUCCAAGCUCUGUUUCCUCAGUUUCCAAAAUAGGAACAGCUCACCUCCGCAGCACGCGACCUACCAGGACCCAUGCCCCUCCCUCCGCCCUCAUCAAACCCGGAGACCCGGGCUCCCUUUCUGCCACCCCAGCCUGAGUCCAGCCUCCAUGCCCAAGUGAGGGGGCCGCUGCCGGAACCUCAGACACACUCCAGUUCAGGGCUGUAGGAGGCCUUGGCUGCAUAUGCCUAUGACCAAUGGCAGGCUUUGGGGGCCCCUCCGCGGGAGCCCCAGGGGCCAAGGUGGGGUGCGGGGGUUAGAGUCUGGGAUGGCUCCUGGCCCCACCGCCAGGGGGCAGCGCAGGCCGGGCCGGGAGGAGGCGGUGGUGGCUCGGGCUGGGAGUCAGGCGGACGCUGCCCUCCGGGGCUGGACGUGCAUCCCUCAGUCUCUUGGCCGCCUGGGAGUCGGUCCCUCGUGCCCACCCCACCUGCCAGGCCUCCUUGGACCCACAUCUGUUCCUGCUUUUGUCUUCGUCACUGCGGCAGAGCCCUUUGACAUCUUGAUAUGUAUCGGGUGAAAAAAAUAACUUUGGGAAUCCCCCUUCAGUUCUUUGAAAAGGUUCCAUGACUUGAAUCUCUGAAAUGAAGAAAACAACCGACUCACAAACCUGCAAGUAGCUGGGAAAUGCAAUUUUUAAAAUGAAAAACAAAAAUCUGAAA